CUUGUAACGCGGUCGCGUCUCCUUUCCUCCGUCGACCACAAAAGUUCAUGUGUUGCGAUCGACGUCGGAUGUUAGCGCGUUAGAAUUAUAAAUAAUAUAAUAUUUAUUAAAGAUUCGCGGGUUUUUAAUAAUAGACUGGUUUGGAUAAAUGAAGGUGCCGUGCCUAUCGGUCGUUUGUCCAGUGAAUUGUAUCCGAAUCGAGCCCCUUGGGAGGAGACUGUGGUGAUUUUUUUUUCGUGUACGAGAGUUUGAUGCACUCGGGUUGAAUUGGUUAUACGCGGUGAAAUGUACAAAAUAUGCGCCGUACUGGCGAUCGCUUUGUUUUAUUUGGGCGCUGAGGUGACCACGUUGGAGAACGGCCUGGCCAGGACGCCGCCCAUGGGAUGGCUCGCUUGGGAGCGGUUCAGGUGCAACACCGAUUGCAAAAACGAUCCGGACAACUGCAUCAGCGAAAAUUUGUUCAGGACAAUGGCUGAUAUCCUGGUCAGUCAAGGAUACGCCGGGGCCGGUUAUGAAUACAUCAACGUGGACGAUUGCUGGUUGGAGAAAGACAGGAAUGUUUAUGGAGAAUUAGUACCGGAUAGAACUCGAUUUCCACGCGGAAUGAAGUCGUUAUCCGAUUAUGUGCACAGCAAAGGCCUCAAAUUCGGCAUCUACGAGGACUACGGCAACUACACCUGCGCGGGCUAUCCAGGCGUCCUGGGCAGCCUCCAGAGGGACGCCGAGACCUUCGCCUCCUGGGACGUGGACUACGUCAAACUGGACGGCUGCUACGCCCAUCCCAGGGACAUGGACAGGGGCUAUCCAGAAUUCGGGUUCCAUUUGAACAGGACGGGCAGGCCGAUGAUAUACUCCUGCAGCUGGCCCGUGUACCAAAUCUACGCCGGCAUGCAGCCGAAUUUCUCGUCCAUCGUGGAGCACUGCAACAUGUGGAGGAACUUCGACGAUAUCCAGGACUCGUGGGCCAGCGUGGAGAGCAUCAUCGAUUAUUACGGGAACAACCAGGACCUGCUGAUCUCCAACGCAGGACCCGGACAUUGGAACGAUCCCGAUAUGUUGAUUAUCGGAAACUUCGGAUUGAGUUACGAGCAGAGCAAAACCCAAAUGGCCAUUUGGGCCAUUUUGGCGGCUCCUCUCUUGAUGUCCGUAGACUUAAGGACCAUUAGGCCAGAGUACAAAGCCAUAUUACAAAAUAGGAAAAUCAUAGCCGUAGAUCAAGAUCCUUUGGGCAUACAAGGAAGAAGGAUUUAUAAGCACAAAGGUAUCGAGAUUUGGGCGCGACCGAUUACGCCUUUAUACCAAAGUUACUUUUCCUACGCCAUAGCUUUCGUCAACAGGAGAACUGACGGGACGCCUUCCGAUGUUGCGGUCACGCUGAAAGAAUUGGGCCUGACAUCUCCAACUGGAUACAGAGUGGAGGAUUUGUACGAGGACGUCGAUUACGGAGUGCUGUCGCCACAAACUAAAAUCAAAGUAAAAGUGAAUCCUUCAGGCGUGGUGAUCCUGAGGAUGGACGUACAAGCGGAUUUCAGCAAAAGGAUACCGUUCUAUUCCACCCAACGGACCCCAUUCAAUCCUUUAAGCCAAGUGUUCAGGGUGCGUGACGACAAUAACGAGUUCAAAUAGGUGAUAAAAGAAAACGCAAGUAAAUUAUUAACUUAGUUAGGAAUAUUGUAAGAUAUAUUUUUAAUACGAUCGUGAAAUAUAAAAAAAAAUAUGUUGUUUUCUUAAGAUUCAUUUCAAUCCAUGACGUACUGGUAGCGGUUUUUGUCGAUUGUAAUCGUAAUGGCGAGUCCUCGCACGUUUUUCGUCAAUCUCGUACAACUUAUUGUACCUUCGAUUACCUCACCUGGAAUUAUUACACAUAAAUCACAUCCUAAAGUAUCGACUCGAUUAAUUAUCACCCUCUAUUUACCUUGCUUUAGAGUUAUAGGCUCCCCUAGGAAGAAAACCGUCUGUUGCCAAUGGGUUUUCGUAGCCUGUGGUCCGGUGGAAAACUCUAUUUUAUUAUCCAAAUCGAAAAACGUAUCGAAAUAGCCCGCUAUGGCCGUCAAAUCGCCAUCUUUGCGGGCCGUUAAGUUGAAUUUCGAGCUGAAUAUGCAGGCGUUCACGUCGCACUUUCUCAGAUUUAUCUCCGUUAUUACUUGGGAAUCUGUGAUGAGCUUAUCGUCCGGUACAAUUUCCACGAAAGCCUCCUUGAUUACUUCGCUUUUCAUGCAUUUCAUUGAAAACCCGUAGACGUUGUCCCAGAAAUUGAUUACUUUGUUGUACCUAUCUGGAAAAAUAAGAUGCUCGUUUAAUAUGGGGAUUUAAAUUUGGUUUUUUUAUGGAUUACCUGUAUCACUAACACCGAUUAUGCUUAUAUUGCAUCGAUUAGGUAAAAUUAAACCGUCUUCUUUUAAAUAAUUGUCUCUAGCGUAAAUAAAACUAUCCAGCAUUCCUUCGAAGAGAAGGAAAUAACCCAUCCAUUCGGAUACUAUUAUAUCCACUUUUUCUACAGGUAAAUUCGUCUUUUCCAAUUGUCCUCUUAUCAAAUGAAUUUGGUCCUCUAAAUUAUUUUCUCUAAAAAAAAUAACACUUUUUUAUCUUCUAUUAACUAUUUUCCUCAAACUAAUUUACCUAAUAAUAUCCAUAGCUUUGUAAAUCACAUCAGAUUGGUCGAUUCCGUACACUUUGUGCGCUCCAGCUUUGGCUGAAAACAUAGACAAAAUGCCUGUUCCACAUCCCAAAUCUAAAACGAUUUUAUCUGCGAAACAAUUACUAUUGUUCAAUAUGGCAUCCCUGUAGCUAUCAGUCCUAACUGUAUCCUGUAAAAUACACAUUAGAUUCUUAUUAUAUUUCGAGAUUUAAAUAAUUACAUUGAGCAUUUCGUGGUGGAUUCCGAAAUGGGAAUAGGAAUUGAAAUAAUCGUUACUAUCACAGCCCGAUGAGACUACAUUGUGCGUUAGUUUCUUAUCGAUAGAGUCGCCGGAUUCUACGAUUGUCCUGGUUACUUUUCUCAUUUUCUCCAUAUCCCUUAAAUAGUUCUCUAACAACAUAUCUUUAU